AUGCCCAAGCAGCCGGGCCCUUCCCUCCUCUGCGAGUGGAUGGUGGGAACAACCAUCAAAUCAGCUCUUGGUCCGCCUCCUAAACCGCCAAAACCCAAGGCAAAAAGGCGCGACGUUAUCAAACUUCACGUAACGACAGAUGAUGAAUCCGGCGAAGACACCCUCACGGUUACUUACCCUCGGCCUGAGAGGCUAAGAGAAAAGAAUGCGACACCAGCUGAAGUACCCAAAACGCCAGAGCCCCAGCCUGAGCCUGAAUCGGAGUCGGAACCUGAGGUGGUGGAAGUAGUAAAAAAGGUUCGGUUCGAGAAAGAGGCAAUCCCGAAGAAGUCUGCCCUGAAAAAGAAGACAUCAGUCACAUUCUGUGAGGAGGAAGAGACAAGUGCUGAUGCCACCUCUACCUCUGCUUCAUCUGGAGAGGCAACUCCCGAUGCCAGCUCCUCUAAUGCGAGUUCAGCUGCUGAAACAUCAUCUGCAGAAGAAACUUCUUCCGGAAGUUCUUCUAUUUCGGCCAAACCGUCAAAGUCAACAAGGUCUCCCAAGAGCAAGAAGGUGGAGAAACGAGUCCAAAGUUCAGAUAGUGAGGCCGACUCUGAGCCUCAUCCAACAUGUGAAUGCAAAGAAUGCGCCUCGGGAAGAAAGAAGCAAGGAGUUACCUGUGAGAAGAAGAAGUGUAAAAAGAAUGACAAAAAUGGAGGAUCCAAAAAGAAGAAAGAAGCAGAGUCCGAGUCCGAGACUUCGGUAUCCGGAGCAGAGUCUUCGGUUGAAGAGAAGUCUACACCGUCCAAAAAGUCAAAGGAAAAGAAGAAGGAAAAGAAGAGAGCUGAGUUCUCCAGUGCUGAAGGAGAAACUUCGGAGUCAGCAAAGGAAACUGAAGGCGAAUCUGAAGUAGUAGUGAAGAAAACCCCCGAGAAGAAGAAGAAGAACCAGGAAAGUGAGAAGACGGAAAAGGCUGGAAAGAAGACGAGCAGUCCAAAAGGUGAAGAGAAAAAGAAGUCUGACGAAGAAAAAAAACCCGAGAAAGAAAAGGAGAAGGAAGCAGAGGAGGCCCCGUCCGAAAAAACACCAACAGGGAAGGGAAAGGAAAAGGAAGUCGAUGAUACUACUCCCAAGGCAAAGGAUAUGGACCAGAGGUUGCAUGUCUCAGACGGCUAUCACUACACGCACUCUCAUCCCCCAAAUCUCAUUGCUCCUAUCCGCGCAGAAGUCAUGCAAACGGAGCGUGUGGUUGAAACACAAGAUGAUCCUCCCCCGAAUGCAUACUAUGAUGGUCUACAUGGUGUCCUUCGCGUAUAUCAUGGAGCCGUGUACGGGCAGAAUGGACAUCGCAUGUUUGCUGCUCGAGAAAAUACUAUGGGACCUCCGCAGUCCUUUGGCAAUUCGAAUCAGACGCAAAACCCAUACUAUCAUGGCUACAACAAUGUAAUGCCGAUGCCGUUACCUCAACAGCAGCUGCCACCGCAUGGAUAUGAGCAUGUGCCGAUUACCCAAGGCCUGCCAAUACCAGGUUGGAGUGCCAUGGCGCCGCCUCCUGGCUAUCCACCGUACAACUACCAAGGACCGCCUCCGAUGCCUGCGGCCUGGUACGAACAACAACUUAAUGGGCAAGGAACCAAAGGCACAUUCAGCAUGUAUAAUGGCAUGGGCGGCACACCUGAUAGGAAAGGAAAAAAUAAACCACGAGAGCCAGACAAUAACGUGAUGCCAGAGGUGACAAAGUCCCCCUUUAGCAACAUGGGUAGCAACCGAUCUGACGGUAAACCGCCAUCUCAUUCCGGCCAAUCCAACUGCUCCAAAAACGGGAACAGAGAUACGGGUCCCAACUGGGAUACCGCUUCACGAAGGAGCGUCGGAGCAUGGGCGAACAGCAGUAACCAUGGGGCUACAUGGGGCGAUGGUGGCGGCGAUACGAACAACAACAACCAGGGAGGUGGUAAUCAAUGGGGUUCUGGUGGCGGUGGUGGCGAUACAUGGGGCACGACAAACAAUAAUAACGAUCAGUGGGACAGCAACAAUAAUAACAACAACUCAGGGGCAGAUCCAUGGGGAGCUGCAGGUGGAAACGAUCAGAACAACCAAGGGGGCUGGGGUACAACUGAUAAUGGCAACAAUGGUGGUAACACCUGGGGCGAUGGGAAUGGAAUCGACAAUCAGCAGACGAACGAUAAUAACGGCAAUGGCAGUGGCCAGGGACAAGGACAAAACUCUCCAGCAGGGGGAAAUGAUCCCCCUGCCUCCAUGGUGGACAACAAUGUUAUCCCUGUGGCUGCCGUAACAGGUCCGCCGGGUGAACAGGAGCAGUCCAAGAUGCCGGGAAGCUGGUGUUCGGAUGAUAAUGGACAGGCGGCGUUUGUGGAUCCAACGUGGUCAUCGUAUCAACCUCCGCCUGCGGUGCCUGCUUGGGGGGAUCCAUCGAUGGCAGCGAAUACGGGAGGAGCGGUGGACUGGUGA